AAGAGCUUGGAUAUCAGCCCGAAUCUCCCUCCAAGGGAAAAGAAGGCUGGUCCCAGCGCGGCCGUGAUCAUCCCUAUCUGGAUCGCGCUAUCCUCCUCGGUCAUUCUUUACAACAAGUAUCUGUACUCCACGCUGGACUACCCAUAUCCCAUCUUUGUCACUUCGUACCAUCUCGGAUGUGCCGCCAUCGGGACCCGCAUCCUCCGCGCAACGACCAACCUGAUGGACGGCCUGGACAACGUGAAUAUGACGCAAGACAUCUACAUCAAAUCCAUCUUGCCUAUCGGUGUGCUCUUCUCCGGCUCCCUGAUCCUCAGCAACACCGCUUAUCUCUCACUGAGCGUGUCGUUCAUCCAGAUGCUCAAGGCCUUCACGCCAGUCGCCAUCUUGCUCAUCUCGGCGGCCUUCAAGAUUCAGGCUCUGAAUCAGCGACUCGUCAUGAUCGUCGUGCUGAUCUCGCUCGGGUGUGCUCUUGCCGCAUACGGAGAAAUCAACUUUGAGAUGUUCGGCUUCCUCUGCCAGACCAGCGCGGUCGCUUUCGAGUCUUCGCGACUAGUCAUGAUCCAAAUCCUCCUGCAGGGUCUCAAGAUGGACCCGCUCGUCUCGCUCCACUACUACGCCCCCGUCUGCUCCAUCAUCAACGCCUGCUUCCUCCCCUUCACAGAAGGCUGGGCGCCCUUCCGCGAGUUUAUGCGCAUCGGCCCGCUCGUCAUGCUCUCGAACGCGGCGGUGGCGUUCGGAUUGAACGUAGCGGCUGUGUUUCUGAUUGGCGCGGCGGGCGGGCUGGUUUUGACUCUGGCUGGGGUGUUCAAGGUGAGCUUGCUUCCGGGUCCCGGUCUGACUAGGUGGCAUCGGAAGAGGCUGAUCAGGUAG